UUUAGUUCAAAUGCAAGUUGAACUUGUUACGGUGAAUUUGUAUUCUGGUGUAUUGACCCUUUUAUUUUGGUUCAAUUUUUCAAGGCAAACUUUUCACCUUCUCAUUAUCCAUUGAUUAACCCAAUGUUAACCCCAUAACAGUACAAAAUUAGGUCAAAAUAAAGAGUGUUUGUGAAUCAACAGAAGUUAAAUUUUGUUGACAAGCAAAAAAUUAAAUUGCAAAAAGGAACCAAAAAACGCGGAUUGAAAUAGUGUCGAGACUAAAGUAAUUUGUGUAAUGAAAUAUUUACAGUAAACAAUUGACAUAAACAAUGUUAAUUCAUAAUCAACAUCCAAAUCGACUGAAAAUGUUUAACCCAAUUGGAUUUGUAUUGAUGAUAACCGUUAGGUUAAUCAUUUGUGGACUUUGUUUAUCAAGGAUUGUUGUUCCCUAUGAAGUAACACCUUUCACGGAUCAACCUUUUGCCUCACUUAGCUAUACCGCUGUUGUCCGUGGUAAGGCAGCCUUACCCUGUCAUGUAACCACAUCGACUCCCGAUGACUCGGUGGCUCUCAUCUUGUGGUACAAGGACGAUGCUUUAGCACCAAUUUAUACCUUAGACGCUCGUAAAGGAACAUUGGAUCAAGCACGAACACUGAUUGCAACUGUUCUUCAAGGUCGAGCAUUCUUCAAUCUCCAUAAUAGACCAGCUUUUUUAAAAAUUGAUCCAGUUCGUUUAUCCGAUUCUGGUGAAUAUCGAUGUCGAGUUGACUUUAAGAAAGCUCGAACAAUAAACACUGUUAUCAGUUUAAAAGUAAUUGUUCCACCAGAAGAGCCUAUUAUAACAAAUCCAGAUGAAGUUAAUCUUAAAGGUCUUAUUGGACCGUACAAUGAAGGUGAUACUCUUAAAAUUAUUUGCACAACAAAUGGAGGUAAACCUCGUCCAUCGUUAACUUGGUGGCGUGAUAAUUCACUGUUAGAUGAUACCUUUGAAUACAUUGAUAAAGAAGUGACCACAAAUCAGCUGACGAUACUAUCCUUAGCUCGACAUCAUCUUUUAUCAAAAUUAACCUGCCAAGCUGUCAAUAACAAUAUGACCGUUCCAUUGGCUACUUCAAUCACCUUAGAGCUCAACUUAAAACCUACCGAAGUGCAUAUUACUCAAUUAUCACCAAUUUUGGUUGCCUCCAAACAAGUUACAUUUGAAUGUAAAACUAUUGGUUCAAGACCAAAGCCCAACGUCUAUUGGCUUUUUGAUGGUAAGACACAUUCAACUGGAAUAUCAGGUGACCAAGUAGUAACCAGUCGAAUAACUAUUCAAGUAAACAAGUCUCAUAACGGUGCCAUGUUAUCCUGUAUUGCUGAGAAUCCAAAAAUACUAAACUCACAGAUAUCGGAUCAACUUCAAUUAGAUGUUCAAUAUAAACCUGAAGUUAAACUUGAAUUUGGUUCACCAACAUCAUCAUCAACAACGAUUCAGGAAGGAAAUGAUGUUUACUUUGAUUGUAAAAUAGAUUCCAAUCCAAAGCCAAUAAAAUCUGUUCAAUGGAGAUUCAAUGGUAAUCAAUUGUCACCCAAGCAAGGUAUCAUUGUUAGCAACCAAAGUUUGGUUUUGCAAAAAGUUUCCCGUCACCAAAGUGGCCUCUAUCAGUGUAUCGUUACCAAUUCCCAAGGAGUUGGAACUUCAAAUGAAAUUAAACUUGAAAUACGUUUUGCUCCUGUUUGCCUUUACGGUUUCAUAUUAAUAUAUGGAAUUGCCUUACACGAGUCGGCUGUAUUGAGAUGUUAUGUUGAAGCUAAUCCGGAAAAAGUGUCUUUUCAAUGGAGAUUCCAAGAUAAACCUGAUCUUCUCAGUAACUCGAUACAAUCAAAAGGAAAAUUUUCUGACCUUAUAUAUACAGUAAACUCAUCAGAUGAUUAUGGAAUAGUUCAUUGUACAGCGAAAAAUGAUGUCGGCCUCCAAAGAAGUUCAUGUAGAUUUUUAAUCAAACCACAAGUGCCACCAGAAUUUCCUUAUAAUUGUAAAAUAGUUAAUCAAUCAGAUGAUAGUCUUUUUAUAAGCUGUAUCUACACUGGUAACCUCAAUUUAUCUAAUAAUGCUCAAUUUAUGGGUUCAAAUGGCCUUAGAAGCGAUGAUGCCUUAAAACCGUCUAAUUUGUCAUUCUCAUCAUCAACUUUAUCUUCACUUUCACUCACACCUUCACCAACAACAACAACAUUCCCAGUGUUGUCAUCAUCAUCUUCACCAUUAAUGGAUAAAAACAUAUCAUCGCAACAAUCAAACAGCAUAACAAUUCAUCCAAAGACAAUUUACUUUGCUGAAGUUUAUACCAAAAAUGAUCAGAAUCUUGUUAUCAAUGUUACAAGCACUAAUGCUCCUUAUUACUAUCAUGAUAAUUCUAAUGGAAAAAGGAAAAAUAACAAGAAUGAAAAUGAUGGAGAUGGCGAUAAUGAUGAUGGAAAAGGAGAAAAAAAUGAUGAAAAUGUUGAAUUAAAUGGAUCAAAGGAUGGUUCAUCAACUAAUUUUUUAACUCAAAGCUCACCUGAACUCGGUGAAACUGGUGAUCCAUUUCAAAUAAUUGAUUCACUUUCACGUCCAAUUGAGUUUUUCAUCACUUCAUUGGAACCUUCAACAGUUUUCAAGAUUAAUAUUUAUGCAGUCAACUCGUUUGGACGCAGCCCAAGUGUUACCUUAGAAGGUUCAACAUUGAGGUCAGCCGAGAAGCUUAUCGAUCGCAGCAUGGGAUCCGAAGACGGGAUGGCAGACUAUGGAGGUAACUCCAUCUCUCACCGAAAUGGACCUGCUGAACGAAGUAAAAGUUCAUCUUCAUCAGCCACCUCAGCCGACUUGUCUUUUGAUGACAAGGUUGACCUUUUAAGAGGAUUCCCAUUGCUUCUGAUAAUACUCAUUGGUGGUGUUGCCACUGUUUGUGGUACUGUUUUCCUUGGAAUCGCAGCAAUCUUUCGAUUGCGUCGAAACAUUUUAAACCAUAAUGGAACAAAUGGUUCAAAGGAGGCAAAGAACCUGGUCAAUGAGGAGACAAAAAACUGCACUGAUGAAGGUGACAAUGAAAAUAGUUUCUGUGCUACUGCCAAUUGUGCCAGAAUUUCGGGCGUAACGAGUUCUCAACCAUACGAUGGUCAUCCUCAAUAUUCCCAGCCUCACCAACGAGAGCCAAAUAUUCAAAUACACUUGUUCAAUGGCAAUAAUGCUCAGGAGAGCACAGAAGAUACAAGAGACUGUAAUGUCGAUUUUGACGCAGAGGAAGGACCGCCCGAUAUCAUUCCAUCAUUCAAUUAUCUUAGAAGAGCUAAUAUGGAUAAGCAUUCCAUUUCUCAUGAUUGUUCUGAAAACUGUACACCUAGCAGUAUCAUCCACUAUGCCGGACUCACAUUUCCAGUCGAAGAACUGAUUACCAGUAAACAUUCACCUCAUCAAGUGAUGCACACACUUACUGGAGUUCAAUUUGCACCAACAGACAUGAAUAGUAUAAAUCUAAAUGCUGCAGUUAAAAAUAACAUGAAUAGCAAUAUAACAAGUAGAUAUGAAGAUCAAAAGGAGGGAAUUGAAUACGCACAGGGCGAGUUGGUGAAAACACGAGUCAACAUUAUUGGAGCUGGAAGUGCAAAAUUUGAAUCUUCAGUUUGAUUAAGAUUAAAUUGUAAUCAUUUAUUAACUUUUGAUACACAUUUUAUAUUUUAUUAAGUGACCUCAGUUAUAUUUGUUUGAAGUAAAUUAUAUCAAAAAACUAAUGUACAAUUAAUAUUAAACUGCAUUCUAACAAGACCAAACUUGACGAUCAAUUUUAUAUGAAAUAACAGCUCAUGUUUUGCUUCCUCCAGCAACAUCCGAAAAUAGACUUGAUUUAAGAACUUCCGAAGAAACAUUCAAGUUCGAUGAAAAGUGUAACUGGUCACCAGAGCUAUUCUCUUGGAAACAACUGGCCGGUCCGAAAAAGCUUAGUUCAGUUACCAUUUGGUGUCAAAACCCUGAAAUUGGCUUAUUGAGGAGCUUCAAUUUCAUCAUUUUUAAUGCAUUCAUGCAGCAACUCGAUUACAAUUAUUUUUUUAAUCAUGAUUCAUACAGACUCGAAGACCUGUAUUUUUUAUUGAUAAUAACAAGUAAUAAAUGGGAAAUCAUUUCGAU